GUAUAUUUGAAAACAAAUCACAUUACCUACGGUGGCUGACCACUGCAAUAUAAGCAUUAUGAUAAUCUAUACUGCGAAAUUUGAGCACGUGUCAGUACCUGCAAUCAGCGCACCACUACAGAGGAAUUUCCCUUCACGAUUUGUACCACUAACUAAGCAAGAAUCAAAAACACGUCAGCUAUCAGCUGGCUAUGUGACAAUUAAAGCGGAAGAAAACGCAUAUCAAAAGCGUCCUCACGAAUAUCUUAGGCUUUCACAUGUUAAGCAUCUUGUAAGUCUUGAACACACUGGAAGGAGUUACUUAACUGGUACACCCUCUAUUUCAGUUGGAAGUGGCGUAUUCCCAGUGAAGGAGAACAAAUUCACCAACAGCGAGCCUACAAUGAAUGGUUCUAGCGAGUUUAUAACAGGCGAUGUCGCCGAAUACAUGAGAAGCGAUUACAUACUUCUCUCCUUAGGUGUGCGAGAGCCGGUAAUUUCAAAAGAGGAUGAAGUACAUGAGUUGGAAAGGAUGAACGACACGUGGUUAACAUUCGUGGCAAGAUUACGAUCUGAGCCGAGAAAGAAAGUGUGCCUAGCUGAGAAGUCCGGCUUUGAAGAUUGCCUCUGGAACUCGUGGGACACACAUCUACCCAAGAGUUGUUGUUCGGAAGCAAGUAUCAAAGGCCCAUCUGCUAUGGAUUUACCUCCAUUAAAACGGAAGGGUGAGCUACAGGGAUCGUGGUCGUCGCGGUCACUAAAAUACAAGCUGUCUGAAUUUAACCUGCCCAAAUACCUCAAAAAUAUUCUCGGGUUGAAACCUCGAAGACGACGGUCUAUCGUCAGCGCUGUGAUUUGAACGACUCAUGAUAGUAGCGAAAUACAAAUCGACCAUCUACAACAUAAACCACCUCACGCAUCUGACCUUUGAACGCUGCACACCAAAAUAAGUCGAUAUGCAAGUCCCGUAUGCCGAAUACAAUAUUCUCC